GUCCAACAACGAUCAUUUCCAAGUUGGACAUGACUAAAGAACCUGAAUUGAUAGUGUUCCAAGAGCCUGUAUCCAGACCCAUCAAGACUGGAAGAGAAGCCAUCAGAGAGAGAGAAAAGUUCCUGAGAGGCAAUGUUUCUGAUGUGUUCAGUUCUAUUGAUGCUGAGUCCAUAGAAAUGAGAGAUGAUGAAUCUUUGCCAUCCAAUGAUUUGGAUCUCAAGGCCACGCUUAGAGAAGUACAGUCACUAGCUUUAUCCACACUGGCUGGUAAAGAACGUCGACGAUUUGAAGAAAAUCAAUUGAAAUCACUAGGAGCCAGGCCCCCUAAGACAGACUACGUUCCCUACCCCCACUAUCAGAGAGUGUCCAAUGCUCAGAGGGAGAAAGAAAAAAGACUCAAUGAAGAGUUAAGACUUACACAAAUGGGCACUGGGAAAGUGAGAAAGGAGCACAAACCAAAAAUACCGAGCAAAGGUCGUUGGAAGGAGAGAAUUACGUCCUUGGAGCCAGCUGUCGGGAAAUUUAGAGGCGGUGUUCUCAAACUAGCAAAGCAAGACUUGACAAAUCUUAAACAUAAGAGAUAGCUUUUAGUUACAUGAUUGUAUUUUUUUUGUUAUAUCACAUGUUAUCAUGAACUCUUGAUGUUGUAUAAAACAAUCAUGUUUAAGUAUAAUUAUAAAGAACGGUUUGAGAUCAAAACAA